AUGCAAUUAGAUAAUCGCAAAAUAAGAGUAAAAGCUGCCUCGAUCCCUUUUACAAGUGCCCUCUCUCAACCGGUUAUCGCAAAUGGCGAUUGCAUUUUUACAGUCACCUGUUUGUUAGAAAAUGUUGGCACACCUUCGCCAUGUUUGCUCCAGUGCAGUGACCAGAACCGGAGGUCCAGCUUACCAUUCCGCUUUUACUUUCAGAUAUAUGCCCUCGCGUUACUCGCGGUCGCCACAGCCGACAAGAAGAUAGAACUCGAAGACAUCGAGGAGGACAAUUUGAAGAGUGAACGAGAGAAGCAGUAUGAACGAGCCGAAGGUCGCUCUGAGCCAAGCGCUGGUUCGGGGCCCGACUCCGAAUUGGGGUAUUUAAAGAAUAACUUCAUACGGUAUUAUAACUCGCCGUCACCCACUACGCAGCAGCCACGCUACGUCCAGCAGUAUUCGGUAACUGAAGCACCCGAAGGACCGCAUACAGCACCAAAACCUCAAUAUGAUGCACCGCAAGCUGUUGGGUAUUUACCAAAUAUACCCAUGCAGAUUUACUUAGUACCACAAUACUAUAAUGAGCAGACACAGCAGGGUAACUCUCAGCAGGGUAUCCAGUAUUCAGCCACACAGCAGGUGCCGAACUACCCAAGUGGUCCUGAAGCUCAGCAAGGCAAUUACAUAGUGCCAAAUUAUAUAUCUGGCAACGGUCAAGGUCAAUAUAUUCAACAAUAUACCACUCCGAUGGCAUUUAUCGGUUAUCCCCAACCAACGCUGUCCCCGCCCCAGCCCAGCGCAACUCCUGUUAUGGCCUAUCAGAAUCCCAUAGUGAACUAUCCCACUGCUAUUGUGGCACCGCCGAUAAAGAGUUACCAGCAGAUUAACUUCGAUUCAAAUACCAUAGACCACGGUCAAAGGUAUUCCUCACAAGCUGAAGUACCGUAUCCACAGCAGUUUCCUAGGUAUUAUAACUCGAGAGCGCCAGUGAGGGACGACUACCGUGGUGGGUCUAUAGAGUUACCACAUCCCAGUCCAUUGCUGUUGAAACCAUCGCCGCCUCACCUAGCACAUAUACCCAAAGCCUUACCCGUGUACCGUCCACUAACUAAACCUAUAUACACGACAAGUGGACCGUUGAUUUCUAACGCUUUCACUCCUAAGCCCGCUGAAGCGUACGGGGUACCAUUCAAAAGGAGGCCUACAUCUUUACUAGACUCGUACAUACCGUCCAGCGUGCAAUUAGAAUAUUUGAAAAGAGGUUAUACAAGAGAUCCUCCGUCCACGUACGAGGCUUUAUCUAGUGGGCGUGGUUAUUCCCCAGUUUUUCCGGUACCCAGGUAUAUUGAGCGUGGAUUUCUGCCGAACCAAAUGUAUCAUACUGCAGCAGGUGGGGUGACUUUUGGCCACCAUAAGCGAGCAUCGAAAAUAGCGAAGUAA